AUGACUGGAGGCCAGUUCGAUGCUAUGCUCCUCAACCUUGGCGAUCUACCCCCCGAGAUGGUUCAACAAAUUGCACAAAACCUAGACACUCAAUCAGUACUCCGACUUGCUCAAAGCUGCAGCUCCCUAUACUGGCUCCUUUUGCCAGAGAUCCGCAAAAGAGCCGAGACCGCAGCUUUCGCACCAUUGAGCCUCUACGAAGAAAACUUCCUCUACGAUGAAGGGCAGCGACACGGGAUCGAUGAUCCAGUAUUCAGCUUGCACACCUCGUACGGUGUUCCCGCCGGGGAUUUUGGUGCCUCUGAUUUCGACUCCCUUGGGAAGGCUGUAGCGGAAGGUGAGUUUGAUAUUGUGCGGGGCUUGCUGAACCACAAUGUGGAUCCUAACUCGUACGUCGUUUCCGGGGAGCGCUUACUCGGUUUAGCUAUACAGUCUAGAUGUGAGGACAUGGUCCGGUUGCUGUUGGAGUUUGGUGCGGAUGCAUCUAGACCUGAUCUAAUCACGAAUACGAGUCCGCUUAUCCAUGCGGCUAGAGGACAUAAGGAUGAAAUCGUUCAUCUUUUGAUUGAGGCUGGGGGUGAUCUGAACGCGGACAGGGUUAUGCAGGCGAUCGCAGCAUACUGUACCCUUGAGACCAUGCAAAUGGCUCUCGCGUAUGGGGGGAACCCGACACCUAUCUCAUCAGUUGGAUGGACAGUGCUUCGGUGGAUUGUCGUGCGCAAUGAUAUUAACUUCUUCAGCCUAUUGAAGAGCGAGUUCCCAGGGACUGUUCUCAACGCGAAGGGUCAUUUAGGUCAAACAGCCUUGCACGUAGCCCUAGGUGCUGAAUACUCACAUCUAGCUAUGCCUCUUGCCUGCCAUCCAGAAGUGGACAUCGACAUUCAAGAUGUGCAUGGCUAUACGGCAUUGCACCUAGCUAUCCAAACCGAACGGUUUGACGUGGCCGAUGUCCUUAUUCAGAGAGGGGCAAACCCCAAUCUCGUAACAACCCAGCGGGAGAAUUGCCUAUAUCUUGCGCUCAGGUCCGGGUGUGUGCCCCUCAUCCGUACAUUGGUUGAACGUGGUGUCGAUAGAAGGAGCAGGGCAAGUGGAUUUGAAUCAGUCUACUUCUGGGCCAAAUACCAUGACGAACCAGAGAUACGAUCCAUCUUCGAGUAA